AGUACCCAAUAAUAUUUUAUUGGUGUUUCAAAGUUAACCAUGAAGGUUGGAGCCUCAAAACCAUAAAUCACAAAUUCAAUGCAACCCUGGAUGUUUUUAGCCCACUAUACACUGGCGACACGCUUCUUUUAUUGGCAUCAUUAUCCCCCUGCAUUGUCCGACUGUCACUCAACCCUCAACAUAUCGGUUGUAAAAUUUUACAGGGACUCAUGUAGUGUAGGAAUUGUAGUUACAUCCGUAGCUUACGUUCGAGAAGUAAAAAUCACACGUAAAAAUGGGAACAUUCGUGUAUAACGUGUUGCUCAAUCUGGAUAUCUUACAUUUACCACCAACAUGUCACAACAAAAGUAGAAACUACCAACCACUACCAACAUUUUGAGGUUAUGUCGAAAACAAUUUGAAUUGUUGUUAAUUCAUUAAUUUACAGGUACAUAAUACUAGUUGAAAUGGAAGCUUUGAAAUAUUCCGUUGCUUGCACGGCACACAAGAAGUCUUCCCUGGUAAAAGUCCACGAUUGUAAAAUUUGCCCAUACGUUACAACAUCGUUUUUUCUGAUGAUGAACCACAUUCGCCGUCAUCAGUCACCCUUGAUAUCUUUUACCUGCGAAAACCCCCUUGAUUCUUACCAUUGCAAAGACUGUGAUUUUCAAACCGAACUAACGCUGCUUUUCAAGCAACAUAUUAAAGACCGUCAUGGAAUUAAACAAGAAAAUGACGACAAUCUGAUUGUGCAACACAACAAUCAAAGGUACGUUUGUAGAAAGUGCGGCUUUGAGACGCAUUUUUCGCUUAAAUGGUUACGUCACAUGAAAGAAUGUAAGCGACGUUCUUAUAAAACUACAGAAAAAUCAGAUUGGAAACAGCAUAUUCAGCGGCAUCAAGGAGAUGAAAAAGACAUCAAGUGGUACAAAUGUGAAAACUGCGAAUACAAAAACAAAUAUCGCACAUCUUUAUACAGACACGUAAAAAAGCGGCAUCUAGACAAGUGGCACAAUUGCACGUUAUGUCCUUAUAGGACCGUAGACAAAUUUGAUUUCAAAAAGCACAUUAACACACAUGUUGAUGACCUUGACCCCAAAUGGUACGAAUGUGAACAGUGCUCAUUUAGAUAUAAACGCAAGAUAUAUUUGACGAGACACGUGAACUUUUUUCAUAUGGACGAAAAAGACGCCAAAUGGUACGAAUGCCAACAUUGUCCAUACAAGACUAGAUGUAGUUCGAACUUAACGAGACACGAGAAAAGCAAGCAUUUUAAUGAGAAAAGUAUCACGUGGUAUCAGUGCAACAAAUGUUCAUUUAAAACAAAACGCGAGGCGGUUUUACAGAAACACGUGGACGCGUCGCGUUUGAACGGACAAUGUGAAAACGAUGCCAAGUUGUUUGAAUGCCAUAAUUGUCCAUACAAGACUAGAAAUCGUUCCAACUUCUGGAGACACGUGAAGUUGCAGCAUUUGAAUGAGGAAAAUGUCGUGCAGUAUCAGUGCAAGGAGUGUGAAUUCAAAACCAAAUAUAGGGAUUGUUUACGGAAACACAUGAAUGUGCGGCAUUUGAGAGGGGCAGAUGUCACGUGGUAUCAGUGCGAGGAGUGUCCAUUUAAAUCAAAACACUUGGUGCUUUUACGGAAACACGUGAACUUUUGUCAUUUGGACGAAAAGGAUGUCAAGUGGUACGAAUGCCAACAUUGUCCAUACAAGGCUAAAGAUAGCUCAAAUUUAAUGAGACACGUGAAAAACAAGCAUUUUAAUGAGAAUAGUCUCACGUGGUAUCAGUGCAACAAGUGUUCAUUUAAAACACAUCUCGCGGGGAUUUUACAGAAACACGUGGACGCGUCGCGUUUGAAUGGACAAUGUGAAAACGAUGCCAAGUUGUAUGAAUGCCAUCACUGUACGUACAAGACUGAAGAUCGUUCGAACUUUAGGCGACACGUGAAGGCGCGGCAUUUGGACGAAAAGAACCGCAGGUGGUACGAAUGCGAACAGUGUCCAUACAAGUCUAGAGAUCGUGCAAACUUUACGAGACACGUGAAGGCGCGGCAUUUGAAAGAGGAAAGGCUCAUGCGGUAUCAGUGCAAGGAGUGUCAAUUUAAAACCAAAUAUAAGGAUAGUUUACAGAAUCACGUGAAGGUGCGGCAUUUGAGAGGGGAAGAUAUCACGUGGUAUCAGUGCGAGGAGUGUCCAUUUAAAACCAAAUACAGGAAUGGUUUACGGAAACACGUGAAUGUGCUGCAUUUGGACGGACACGGCCUUAAAUGGUACAACUGUGACAAGUGCCAGUACAAAGCUCGGGUUCGCUCAUAUUUAAAUAAACACAUAAAGGCGUGGCACUUGGACAAAGACGAAAGCAAGUGGCACCACUGCAGUGAGUGUCCCUUCAAGAGCAAAGCAAAAAGAAGUUUGACAGUACACAUUAAGGCAGGACAUCUGGACGACCAAAACGCGUAAUGGUACGAAUGCAAACUGUGCCCAUGCUAGAUGUUACAAAUAUCUAAUCAAACACGCGAACGCUUGUCAUUUGGACGAAAAGGGCCACAGGUGGUACAAAUGCCAAUAGUGUCCAUUCAAGUCUAGAGAUUGUUCGAAUUUAAAGAGUCAUGCGAGAACCCAUCUUUCCAAUGGGAAAAAUAUCAGUGCAUCAACAGUCCAUUUAAAAGAAAAUGAACAAACAAAAUUAUGAGGUGACGUAACAUGCAGUAAAGUAACGUUAAGAUGAAAAUGAUAUCAAGUUUUAGGAGUGUGAAAAAUGUACUUUCAAAAUUAAGAACAAAAGUAAUUUGAAAAACCAUGUGCCUAAUCUGAACUUUACAUGUAGUAGUUAAAUUUGUUUUUCUAAUGUUCUUUAUUGAAAUAUAUAUAAACCGCGCUUAAAAAUUUAGGGAUAUUUAAAUUUAUUCAGUUUAAGCCAACUCAAUUAUUUCGAAAGCCGCAGUGUAUUUUUUGAAGACAUUUUUGAUUUGGAAAUUGUUUAUAAUUUGGAGUAAGUGCUCAUUCUACUGAUCUUGAGUUUUUGUGUAAUUGGUUUGUCCUGUAAUCGGAGUUCGCUCUGCUGGACAAAUCAAGGGUAUUAUUAUUACUGUUAUUAUGAAAAUUAAAAAAAAAUGUCUUACCCACCUAUCUUUUGCAGUUUAGUUAAGGUGAUGUAUUUUUCUUUAAAUAAAAUAUUAUUUCCAAA